AGUGGCACUUAGGCCGCACCGCGACAUUUCCACUGGCAUUAUCAUCCUAACUUUUGUUAUUGUCGACGACACCAAGCCUAUCGUUGCGCUGUCUUAUAGAAGAGGCAUCUACAGACUUUAACGCUUUAAAAUUAUUAAUGUCUUCUCGUGCUUCAAUGAGGCCAGGUCUAUCGUCAUUCACUCUUUUGCUCUUCCUUCUUGUUUGUUUGCUACAAGCAACCCAGAUACACGCCAUCAAAUUCGCCUUGCAAUCUUACCGUUUCCCUGCAUCCAAGUGUAUAUGGAAUGCCGCACAUACGAACGCGCUAGUCAUCGUCACAGCCAACGUAGGACCAGGCUUUGGGCAACGGGUUGACAUCGAAAUCAUUGAUUCAAGUUCAGAGCGGAAUGUUUAUUUGAGCAAGAAGGACAUCAAGGGGGAGACGAGGCUUGCCGUGACUGCACAUGCUGAAGGGGAAGUGGGCGUCUGCUUCAAAAAUCAUCUAAGUCCAGAUAUUUCGGGCGAGAAAGCGAGGAAUAUGACCCGAAUUGUAGAUUUGGACAUAGAUAUUGGUGCUGAUGCCGUGGACUAUAAUGCUAUUGCAAACCAAGAGUCCCUUUCAGGCCUUGAAACGGAGAUGCGGAAGUUGGAAGGCAUCGUUAAAGAAAUAGUGGACGAGUUGGACUAUCUUAAAAAGAGGGAGGAACGUUUUGCGAGCACAAACGAUUCCACGAAUUCACGCGUUCAAAGUUUUGCAUGGUUUACUAUCAUCUCGUUGGCCGGGCUCGGAGUCUGGCAGAUACUUCACCUGCGGGCGUACUUCAAGCGGAAGUAUCUCAUCGAUUAAUAUACCCACACGGACAGUGCACGACGUUUAUGUAGCGCCUUUACUUAUAAAUUCAGUUUAAGUUUUCCAAAUUCAUGUUAGGUUCUCCCCGAGUGGUCUGGCACCGCAUGGCUAGCGAUUGUAGUUCAGCAGUUCAACAUGUGUAUGAAACCACGUCAUCCGUGCCACGACACCACAAUAACGCUGAGCGGAUACAGUGCAGCUUGCUGUCUGUGGAUAUGACAUAUCUUCUCAGUAUAUCGGACCUGUCAUCGUGUACAAACACACUUAAUAUUCUAUUGGACUGCAAUUGUCUCUUACCCACACUACUUAAACACUGAGGUGGACGGGUUUCUUUAUUCAAACGGGCACCUGUCUAUAAAAACUGCAGUUA